AUAUAUACUGCACCCGCAGCCCCCACUAAUUAAAUCAGAAAACAGAUGCAAGAGCUGACCACCCUGGACCCUACAGAUAUUCUGCUCUGCAUGAUUUGGGGUUUCCAGCCUAUGCUUCCACUGAUGCUAUUGGUUUUCUUUAUAUUUUGACUCCAGCUUUCUAUAGAGCCUGAUGGGGGCGAUGGCUCUUAUCAGCUUGCUCGGCCUGACGUCCCUCUUUAUUGCGGGCCACGAGGCCCUCUCCUUAUCUGAAUGUGGACCGUUUGGUAGAAGACCCGAAUACACUGAUAUCUCCGUGGUGUGUGGGACCUCGGCCAUCGAGCUGGCCAUUCAGAUCUGCCCCGCCAUCUACACGGGCUACAACGAGAGCCUGCUUCUCCUGAACCUCGUCAACGACAACAACACCUGCAAGGGGACCCUGGAUGUCUGGGCGGUGCCCCCGGUUCUGAAGUUCUCCUUCCCCAUCAGGGACGGCAACGCCUGUGGGAGCAACUUUCAGACCACCAACUCACCCGGGACAGGGAUCUUUUCCGACUAUUCCAACACCCAAAAUGUCAACGUGAGUGGCAUAGUCCAGUCCUUCGACCCCACCAUCGGAACCAUCACCUACAACGCCGAGCUCAAGUACUACUACUCCUGUGCCUACCCCCUGGAGUACCUCGUCAACAACACACAAGUAGACGUGUCAGCCUCUUCCGUCGCCUUGAAGGACAAAAAUGGGAGCUUCGUCAGCACCCUGCGCAUGGAGCUGUUUGACGAUGCCAACUAUGAGUCUCCCCUGAUCAUCCCCAGUCUGGGGGUGGAACUGAGAACCAAGAUCUACGUCCAGGUGGUCGCAUCCAACCUCACGUCCCAGUUCCAUGUUUUCCUGGACCGCUGCUACGCCUCCAUCUCUCCAGGGCCCUCCGACUCCACCUUCUUCAACCUCUUUGUCCCGUGCUCAAUCGACCCGCUGACCACCAUGAUGGAGAACGGCGACAGCCAGACGGCACGCUUCUCCUUCUCCGCCUUCCGCUUCAUCGAGCAGCAGAACGAGACCGUGUCCACCUACUACCUGCACUGCAUCACCCGGCUCUGCGAGAACGCUGCCUGCAGCACCUUCCAGACGUGCAAUGAGAGGAGGAGGAGGAGCGUGACCACCGCAGUGGUGCAGGAGGGGCUGACGGAGCCGUCCCUUCUCACAGUGCCUAUUAAGACCAAGGCGGAGGGCACCACUACGACCAAAGAAGAGGAGCACCCUAGUGGCCAGGGUCAGAACGGCGGGUCCAUCGGUCUUGGCAUCGCCGUAGGGGUCCUGCUACUUGUCGGAGCCGCGGCGAUGCUGACGGCUGCAACCUUCUACCGAAGAAUGAGACGGUUGAGCUAGACGACGUCUCAAAGAUCCAGGACUGGGAGAAAGUAUAGAGAUAUGUUAUGCUUGCUGGCAUAAUGUAGCACUUUAUGUGGAAUUAUUGGACUAUAGCUGUAGGUCUGAGUUACUGUGUCAAUACAACUGUUUAAAAGUCCAUUAUAACUAAAUGGAAAGGGGAAGAUAAAUGAAUAAAGAAGAUCAACUGCCAUACUACAUUGGAGAUUGAUAAAGACGAAAUGAUAGAAAGAAA